AUGAAGGUUGACCAGUCGCGGCUCCUUCUGGCUGCCCGUGUAGAAUAUUCUGCCAGAAUUGCUGUGUUUAUGGGGCGCCCUGAGAAUGCGGGCCCCGAGAUCCGAGAGGGUGAUACCUGGAGUCCGGCAGUCUUCCCGCCGAGGUUUGAAACAUACGGCGUUCUUGCCGAAGAUCGCCAGGGACAAAUGGCGACCAGGAAAUGA